UAUCUACAAAAGCAAUAAAAAAAAGGUUGGAGAGUGAAAUGAAUGGCUUCUGAAAUUCGUAUAACAAGUGUACUUGUUUGUUAUGACAGGUACAAGCAGAUAAGAAGUACUUUCCAGGCGAUCAGUUGUAGAUAUUGUCUUCAGUUGAUCAGGAAGGUCGUGUUUGGCUUGGAGAUAUUUUGCAUAUUAACUCAUAGCUUGCCGAUGCGAGGCAAUUUUGACCAACCAUGGUUUUUGCGAGUGGGGUGGUUU